AUGGCUCACAGCCGGAACUACCAACAACAUCAACCCCAGCAUUUCCACCAAUACAGCUCCGUGAGUCGCAAAUUGCCUAUAACAGAUUACGCAAAUCCAGACCUGACCCAAGCCUUGACUGCUCAGUAUCAAAACCCAGCAAUCCAACAUCCAACCUCCUCCUUCGCACCGCCCAUGAGCUACUCCUCAUCAACGGAUAGCAACAGUUCCACGAGGACGGCGUCCAGCAUGGCCUCCAUGGGCAGCGCACAGCCGGCAUACUAUAUCCAUCCCACCACUUCAAGUUUCACAGACCCAAACUGUCAUCAACAACUACGCCAAACUGACCCCCCUUACGCCGACCAGGACUGUGUAAUGGUCACUCAGCAGAGCCCAACGACGCCGGCAAAAUCAUCUAGGGGCUCUGGUGUAGAAAGAUCCGGCAGCAGAUACGUCUGCAUGUACCCGCGCUGCGAAAGCAGUUUCAGCCGUUCCGCAGAUCUCAGCCGACACUACCCGACCGUCCACUUCCCGGACUCCGUGCGACUCAACUGCCCAAAACCCAAAUGCUCGCGUAAGGGUGAGCUGGGCUUCACUCGCCAGGACCAUCUCAACGAGCAUCUGCGCCAGUAUCACAAGGAGCCCGUUGCGAAGCGGAGAUCGUCCAAGUCCUCGCAAGGACCCGAGACGUAUCGUUAA